UUUGCCUUGCGUGUGUGUGUGUGAGCCGCUGAUAACGCAGCUGAUCGGGCGAUCUUUGGUGUUCGUUUUUAACAUUUCGAUCGGAGAAAACCGGGAGCAGAGCAUGGCCAGCAAUUAUAAUUCCACACAGCAGUCCAAUAACCAGGUCAACAGGAUCACCAGCGACAUGAUCAACUCCCUACAGCCGUCAUCGAAGGAGGCGGACACGAAGAUCGAGACGAUUCCCAGUGAUCCUAAAUGGCGUUCCCCCCAAUUGAUGAUCGUUUUCGAGGACGGUGAUCUGCACUCCGCUCGCCAGCAAUUGCUCAAAUCUCUGCAAAAUCCAUUUGCGGAGGGAUCCGUGGCCACUUUGGUGCUCCAGGAGAGCAUAGCCGAUCAGUUUGUGGGUCUGGUGGCCAAGGAUCUUCGCUCGCUGCCGGAGCAGGUGGCAAAGAAUCCGAGCUAUAUCAGCACGCUGGCCAAAAUCGCGCAACUCAAGGCAAAGGUAGUGCGGGGCGAAGACCUCAAGGCUGACGAAUCUCCACUACUGGUCUACGACUGUGUGCACAGCUACCUGGGAACCGGAGUCACUGGAGUUGUAACGCUCCAUACCUUCCGUACCGCCAAGGAGGCCGGCGAGUUGGCCGCCAAAAGGGAUCCCCUGCCCUACGGCCAAGUGAGCGUGUGGAACGAGAAACUGGCCUGUGCCUACGAACUGCUACCACGCCUGCCCACCGACAUUGUCGCCCUCAACUGCUUCAAUCCGGACUUGAGCCCCAUUAAGGAGGCCUUCGUGGGCAAUCGCAACGAUGUCGUCCUGGUCAAGAACUACCACUACGAAUCUUUAGUGGUGGGAGACAAACGGAGGGUCAUCGCAUUUCCCGUGGGCACCAUUUUUGCCAACUAAUAGUGGAGAUCAGGAAACUUAUCCAGGUGCUCUUUCAGCAAUACUUUACAAAUACCUCUCUUAAGCAUUUUACUUGUAUCUUCAGGCUUUUCGCACAGUUCAAUUGGAGGUAUUUAAAUGAAAUCUCUGUAGCGAAUCAAUUUUUACAGACUCAAAUAAAAACAUAAAAAGUAAUAGGCUAAGAGCCAAUACUAUAAGCUUUUUUAAUGUAUUGCGAUGAAACUUAAAGUUUUUGAAAUCUAUUUUGCUUUUUAAAGUACCAUAAUGUUCCAAUUGAACUGUACAGAAGUAUGAUGCCAGAACUGUUUUUUAUACUCUGCCAAUAAUUGUCCACUGAACAAA